CCUCUUUCCGGCCGUCUCCACCGCGCAGGCGCAGAGUGUGAACCAAGAUGGCGGCGCCCGUGGAUCUGGAGUUGAAGAAGGCUUUUACAGAGCUUCAAGCCAAAGUUAUUGACACUCAGCAGAAGGUGAAGCUUGCAGACAUACAGAUUGAACAGCUAAACAGAACGAAAAAGCAUGCACAUCUUACAGAUACAGAGAUUAUGACUUUGGUAGAUGAGACUAACAUGUAUGAAGGUGUGGGAAGAAUGUUUAUUCUUCAAUCCAAGGAGGUAAUUCACAAUCAGCUAUUAGAGAAACAGAAAAUAGCAGAAGAAAAAAUUAAAGAAUUGGAAGCAGCAGUUUCAUUAGAAAAGCAGAUUUCAUCCUGACUCAUCUGCCUCGAUGAGACUUGUGAUACAGCUUCUCAGGACUCACGCAGCCUGUCGUCUCGCUGGACAGAGCAGAGGGUACACUGUCCAUCCUGCAGCAGUGGCGGCUACAGGCGCCUGGCUGGGGCCAUGGAAAACCUUGAGAGACAGUUUGUUAUGAGGCCGGAGCUUUGUCCUGGAAUUUCCUGGCCUUUGUCUGUCUGCCGUAACUUCAUGUACUGAGACGCCUGUUUUUAGAGUCUACUUCCUUCUGGGGGAAGAGUGCUACUGCCUUCCACAGCGCACUUCUGCUUCCUGUACCAAGCAACCUCCUUCCCCGUGCCUGUAGGUCGGGGAUGGGGGAGCACUCUGGGCAGGUAUGUGUAACUGGCUCCCAAUGGACCGUACGUUCCCAGAAGUCACUGGUCACAAAGGACCCAUAACCAUUGGACAUAAAAGCUGCAUCUGCCAGCCCGGCCCGUUCA